AUGGCCUCCAGCUACGUGCACGUCCUGGAGCGGCCGCCGGCCGGCCUGCCCGCGCGCCUCGAGAGCCCCGGCGGCAGCCUGGACAGCCUGCAGGCCAAGAAGAACUUCUCCGUCAGCCACCUGCUGGACCUGGAGGAGGCCGGCGACCUGGCGGCCGCGCAGGCCGACGAGGGCGUCGCGGAGAGCGGCCGCAGCCUGCUGGAGUCGCCCGGGCUGACCAGCGGUAGCGACACCCAGCAGCCGGACGGCGACCAGUUGAAUUCUGAAGAGAAGAAGAAGAGGAAGCAGAGGCGGAACCGGACCACCUUCAAUAGCAGUCAGCUGCAGGCGCUGGAGAGGGUCUUCGAGCGCACCCACUACCCGGACGCCUUCGUGCGAGAAGACCUGGCGCGCAGGGUCAACCUCACCGAAGCCAGGGUGCAGGUGUGGUUCCAGAACAGACGGGCGAAGUUCCGCAGGAACGAGCGGGCCAUGCUGGCCAACAAGAACGCGUCCCUCCUGAAGUCCUACUCGGGGGACGUGACCGCCGUGGAGCAGCCCAUCGUGCCCCGGCCAGCCCCACGGCCCACCGACUAUCUCUCCUGGGGGACCGCCUCUCCCUACAGCAGUGCCAUGGCUUCCUACUCAGCCUCCUGCACCAGUGCCAGCCCUGCCCAGGGCAUGAACAUGGCCAGCAGCAUUGCCAACCUGAGGCUGAAGGCGAAGGAGUACAGUUUACAGCGGAACCAGGUGCCGACAGUGAACUAG